UGUUAAUAAUAACAUUAAAUGUCGUUUCUUUUCUUACAGAGAAACAAUUGUGUUUAACUGACUGUGUCGUCCUAAUCCGGAAUUAUCUUAGAAAACGACAUUUAUUGUCAAAAAUGGAGAAAUUGAAAUUUACGUUCGAAGUAAAAUCAAUAGACGGUAAGUCGAACUUUAUCGCAAUAACCGCAAUUACCACAAAAGAGGACAAAGUUUUCCUUAUUCCUGAAGAAUGUCAAGCGAUGUCACUCCACAAACAUAUCCAAUCUUCGAAAACUUUUUUUACUGUGAAAAACACAUUAAAAAAAAGAUACCAAACUAGAAGUGUUUGGAUCAAGACAACACAAGAUAUAUUACAAACAUAUGUUGAUGAAGAUGGAAACAUGAUCUUUCAGGACCAAUUUUUAGAGGAAAUUACCCAAGAACAAAUGGCUACUGGUAACAAAAAGUGCUCUGAAGAUCCUAUAGUGAAAAUUUUGGAAAAAUUAGUUGAAAGUCAACAAAACAAAGAAAAGCAAUGUAUGAAAAAGUUUGCGGAAAAGUUUGUAAUUGAGAAAUUUGAUGGAAAAAGUUCAAGUGCGCAUCAGUGGAUGGAAGUAUUUGAAAAAGAAUGUGAAAGGUUUAAUUUAGUAAAAGAAGAAGAAAAAAUUGAAAUAUUGAGAUUAUUUCUUGAAAAGUCAUGCACUGAUUGGUAUUCUUCCAUGAUGAUCAAACUUAGCUUACACUCCGAGUGGUCUGAAUGGAAAUCAAGUUUCUUGCAAACCUAUGCGAAUAAAGGUUGGACUGCUAGCAAGUAUGCUUUAUCGUACAGGUACCAAUCCGGAUCUUUAUUAGAGUAUGCAAUAAAAAAAGAAAAACUUUUACUUGAGAUAAGGAAAACAAUAGAUGAAGGGACUCUAAUUGAUAUAAUUGCUGCAGGCUUACCAGAUUUUAUAACUGAUAGAAUUAAUAAAGAAGAAAUGGUACAUACAAAUAAUUUAUUCAGUGAGCUUGGAAGAUUAGAACAUUUAGUUUCAAGAAAAAAAAUGAUGAAGAAGAAAGAAGAUAUUAAGCCAGAUAUGAAAAAUUGUGGUAUUUGUGAAAAACUGAAAAAAGGUGUACGCUAUCAUUCAGAAGAUUCAUGCUGGUUUAAAAAAAGUCUAGAUAAUGAAAAAGACAAAAAGCAAAUAAGACUUGUAAACAAUUCAGAAUUGGAAUGUAAAUUGCAGUGUGAAGAUAAAAAAAACUAAUAGUGCCGCCAUUGAUCAAAGUGAAGUUAGUACUGAAUAAAAAUGUUGAAAUUUAUGGAAUCUAUGACUCUGGGUCUAAUGUCUCAUUAAUAAAUUCAAGAUUGUUAAAAAUAAAUAAUGAGAAACCCAAUAUUUCCACCAAUACUAACUUAAAAACGAUUAAUGGCGUUAAAAAGGCAAUUGGCAUUAUAACACUUGAUGUGGCUAUCUUUGAUAUAGAAAAAAAAAUGAGGGUUUUCGUAAUAGACAAAGAAAAUUUCGAUUAUGAUUUUCUAGUAGGACUUGAUUUUAUAAAAGAGUUUUGCCUAGUUCAAAACGAAAACUUAAAAAUUUCACAGAAAUUACCUAUACAAAGAAGCCAAAUUGUUUCUAAGGAAACAAACAAAACAGAUACAGUUUCUAAGGAGAUAAAAUCUGAUAAUAUAAUAAACUUCAAUGAACACAUAUGUGAAGAAGACUUCAAAAUAUGUAUUAAUCAUCUAGACUAUCAAAAACAGGUAAUGAUUGAUGAAUUAAUUUCGAGAAAUAAAUCUGUGUUUUCGAAGGACAAAUAUGACAUAGGACGGGUAACGGAUUAUGAAGCACACAUUGAUCUACAAAUAGAAAAAUAUUGCUUCAAAAGGCCAUAUCGGUGCACCAUAGAAGACAAGAAGGAGAUUGAAGAACAAAUUGCAAAAUUAUUAGAAAAAAAUAUAAUAGAAGAAUCAUACAGUCCAUUCGCAGCACCAGUCACAUUAGCUUAUAAAAGAGAUGAAAAUAAAAGGUCAAGACUGUGCAUCGAUUUUCGAGAACUAAAUAAAAUUGUUGUGCCUCAAUCACAACCAUUUCCUCUCAUUGAAGAUUUAAUUCUAAAGACAAGAGAUUGCAAAUUUUUCUCAACACUGGACUUAAACUCAGCGUUUUGGUCAAUACCCUUGCGAAUCACAGACAGACAUAAAACUGCAUUCGUGACUCAAGAGGGUCACUAUCAGUGGACCUGUUUGCCAUUUGGCUUAAAAACCUCUCCGGCUAUAUUCCAGAGAAUAAUGUGUAAUAUAAUACGGAAACACAAGCUUGGAGAUUUCACGGUAUGUUUCAUUGAUGACAUUUUACUGUUUUCUGAAAAUUUCUCAGAUCAUAUCAUACAUCUGGAAAAACUAUUUGAAGCGAUUAAAAGCGAGGGAUUAAAAUUAAAAUUUUCUAAAUGCACAUUUGCAGCAGAUACAGUUAAAUACUUAGGUCAUGUAAUACAGAAUAAUUCAGUCAGACCACUGAAAGAUAAUUUAAUAUCAAUAAAAAACUUUCCAACUCCAAAUACUCAAAAAAAUGUGAGACAGUUCCUAGGAAAAAUAAACUUCUAUCAUAAGUAUGUGCCAAACAUAGCCAUAAAAUUAGAACCACUUCAUAACCUGUUGAGAAAAGGUCAAACCUUUAACUGGACUGAUGCAUGCCAAGAGUCAUUUGAUGAAAUGAAAAAAAUAUUAUGCUCUCAGCCAGUAUUGACAAUAUUUAAUCCAAAUUUACCUAUUCACAUAUACACGGAUGCAAGCAUAUUGGGAGUAGGAGCAGUACUAAAACAAAUACAAAAAAAUAAUGAAGAAAAGCCAGUAGCAUAUUUUUCGAAAAAACUUAAUGAGGUACAAAAAAGGAAGAAAGCUAUCUAUCUUGAAUGCCUGGCAAUUAAAGAAUGUGUAAAGUAUUGGCAACAUAUGUUAAUAGGACGGAAAUUUACUGUAUUCUCAGAUCACAAACCGCUGGAGAAGAUGAAUAUAAGAUCUAGAACAGAUGAAGAAUUAGGAGACCUAACAUAUUAUUUAUCACAAUAUGAUUUCCAAAUCAAAUAUUCACCAGGAAGAUAUAACAUUGAAGCUGACUGCCUAAGUAGGAACCCGGUACUUGGACCGAAUGAAAACAUAGAGGACCAGUUAAAAGUAGUAAAUAUAAUAACACUAGAAGACAUCCUAAAAGAUCAAGUUGAAAAUAAAUACAUACAAAGCAGAAAAGACAAGUUAAUGAUGAAAGACAAUGUUUACUAUAAAAAUGUAAAGAAUAAAGAAAAAAUUAUUAUAUCAGAGGAAUUUAGCACAGAUUUUAUGAAAAGGGUACAUACAGAUCUGGGUCAUAUAGGAAUUAAACAGAUGCAGAGAAUGAUUAGCUCAGUGUAUACGGCAAAUAAUAUGAUCAAAAACAUAAAAAGAAUAUGUGAGAGCUGUACGGUAUGUUUAAAGAAUAAAUCAAGGGGACAAAUUAAAUAUGGGUUGAUGUCCCACUUGGGCCCUGCCACAAGACCUUUUCAGAUAUGCUCUAUUGAUACUAUUGGAGGUUUCGGAGGUUCCAGGUCUACAAAGAAGUAUUUACACCUUUUAUUGGAUCAUUUCACUAGAUAUGCAUAUAUUUUAACAUCAAGUACUCAAAAUGCAAAUGAUUUCAUUAAACUGUUAAAAAACUGUACAGAGAGUGAUGACAUUGAAUUGAUACUAUCAGAUCAAUAUCCAGGAAUUAAUUCUAAAGAAUUUAAAAAGUUUUUGGAUGAAAAAAAUAUUCCUAUAAUAUUUACAGCCGUAAACUCUGCUUUUUCAAAUGGAUUAAACGAGAGAUUAAACCAGACAUUGGUUAAUAAAAUCAGGUGCAA